UGCUUGACCUCUUAACAAAGUCAAGAAUUCACUAUUAUUAUACAGAUACAAAAGAGAAUCUUUCUGAACUUACCAAGAAACUUCAAUCUCAGAUGGCAAAAGACCUCAUCUUUGAACCCUUUUGGCAUAACCAAUCACUGGUUUGCUACAGAAAUUCACCGACUACCCAUCUCAUUCACCUCCAUCCAUAAAACCAGAGGAAGAAGCAGCAGAGUUGCAACCAUCUGAAUCUGCGGAUUCUACCAAAAAAAAAAUAGAAAAAAGAUGGGUAGUGUUAGUCUUGGGGAGAGUGUAGGGAUUAAAGAAGAGGUUAUCAAGAAAGCUUGCUCAAUGGCUAUGAAAGCUCACAACAAGACUAGUGGGAAGCAAUUAUAUGUUUCUGAAAAGAUUAGACCUUCAUCUGAAAUUGUUUUUAGCUUCCCUGGGUCUUGGUUUGUAACUGAUUGGUUUAGUAAAGGUCCCUUUGGAGAAGUGGAAGUGGAUCUUCAGCUACUACCUUCUCUCAAACAUGUUGGUCUUAAUGGUACUGCCACUGUCAAUGAAGCUUUUUUGCUAAGAUUCAAGGCACUCGUGGCUAAUCCACAAUUCAGAAAAGAGGUAGGAACAGCUGUGAUGGAUGGGAAACAAGUUGUCUUUACCGGGCACUCUUUAGGGGGGCCUAUUGCUAUACUUGCUGCUAUCUGGUUUUUGGACGAGUACAUAAGACCAGACACCAGCAGAAGGCCGCCUCUUUGUGUUACUUUUGGAUCUCCCCUUGUUGGAGAUCGCAUUAUGAGCCAUGCAGUUAGGCGUGAGAGCUGGUCUAGAUACUUCAUAAAUUUUGUUAUGAAAUAUGACAUUGUUCCACGGAUAUCACUCACCCCGCUUUCAUCCAUUCAGCAACAACUGCAGCUGAUUCUCAAUUUCUUCAAUUCAAAAUCCCUUCUAGAACCUGUACAUGAAGCUGUGAAUUUUUAUGUAACUGUGAUGAGAAAUGUAUCUUCUGUAGCAAGCCAUGCUGCCUGUAAGAUCAUGGGAAGCACUAAUCUAUUGUUGGAGACUCUAUCAAGUUUCAUGGGGUUAAGUCCUUAUAGACCCUUUGGAACCUAUGUCUUCUGCACAGGAAAUGGGAAACUUGUUGUCAUAAGGAACCCAGAUGCUGUUCUGCAACUAUUAUUCUAUACCUCUCAGUUGAAUUCUGAAGCAGAACUUUCAGUAGUUGCCCAGAGUAGCCUAAAAGAUCACUUGAACUACAAAGAUGAACUGGAAGAAAGCUUACAAAUGCAGACGGUUACCUGUUUAGAAAACCAUCAUCUAGAAGCACUUCCAUUAUCAUCAGAUGAUAUGACUGCAGAGAGUAACUUGGCCUUGAAUGACUUAGGCCUGAGCGCUAGAGCUAGAUUAUGCCUUCGUGCUACUGGAGAGCUGGAGAAGCAAAAAAGCAAUAAUCAGAGAGCAAUUGACAAAAAGAUGGCAGAUAUUGAGCAUGGAGUAGCAAAUCUCCAAGGAUACAAGAAGAGGUGCCAACAUAAAGUAGGAUAUUACGAUGCUUUCAAACUUUCAGAAGACAGAGAAGAGUUUGAUGCUAAUGUAGAGAGGCUUAAGCUGGCAGGAAUAUGGGAUGAGAUUAUCGAAAUGCUGAAAAGGUAUGAACUUCCUGAUGAAUUUGAGGGCAGGAAGGCAUGGAUUGAUGUUGGGACCAAGUACCGGCGCAUAGUUGAACCCUUAGAUAUUGCCAACUACUAUCGACACCUAAAGAAUGAAGAUACAGGACCCUACAUGGAAAGGGGCAGACCAAAAAGGUACAAAUGCACCCAAAGAUGGCGUGAGCAUGCAGAGAGAAUGUCAAAUGAAUCUCUGGAAUCAUGUUUUUGGGCUGAGGUCGAGGAGCUUUGCAUGAAAGCCGGAAGUCUAGGCAUCAGAGAAAACGUUUUGCGCCUGAAGAGUCAAGUUGAAGAGUGGAUUCGAGAUGGGGUUCAAGACCAAGAUGUGUUCUUGAAAGGUUCAACCUUCGACAAGUUGUUGAAAGAGCACUUUUUAACCAACUUAGGUCAACCUCCUGCAUUUCAGGGCUCAUGGAGUUGAUCAUGUAGAGGACUUUUGGUGUGCAAUAAAGAUGAUGUAAUAUGGUAGCCUUGUAGUCAUGGUAUAUUGUACCCUUUUUCCACUAUUGUAAUGCAAAAUAUAUUUCCAUUUUAUCA